GGCGAGGCCUGCGCGUUGCCUUAGCAACCGACUGGCGGAGUGGCCUGAGAGAGAGAGAGAGAGAGCGGCGCUUUAACAUCCCCGUGCCUCCCUGGAGGAUCGGGCAGCAGGUUAUGCCAUGGAUAUUGUAUUACAUUAUACAGACUACUACUUCUUCACACCGUAUGUGUACCCCAGUUCCUGGCCAGAGGAUGAUGCUGUUCGCCAGAUAAUCAGCCUCCUAGUUGUAACAAAUCUGGGAGCUGCUGCUAUCUACCUCCUCUUUGGAAUGUUUAGCUAUUAUUUUAUUUUUGAUCACAUGCUGAAAAAACAUCCGCAAUAUUUACCGAACCAAGUGCAGCGGGAGAUAAAAUAUGCUUUGAAGUCAAUGCCUUGGAUGAGCAUUCCAACAGUGGCGUUAUUCUUUGCAGAGGUCCGAGGCUACAGCAAAUUGUACAACAAUAUUGAGGAUUCCCAUUAUGGUUGGUUUGGAGUAAUCUUCAGUAUGGCCUCCUUUCUUUUCUUCACGGACAUGUGUAUCUACUGGAUCCACAGGUUUCUUCACCACCGGCUCCUCUAUAAGCGACUACACAAGCCCCACCAUACCUGGAAGAUUGCAACCCCAUUUGCAAGUCAUGCUUUUCAUCCUGUAGAUGGGUUCCUGCAGAGUAUCCCAUAUCAUAUCUAUCCAUUCCUGUUCCCUCUACACAAGCUGGUCUACCUGGGUCUUUACAUCUUUGUCAACAUCUGGACAGUGUCCAUUCACGAUGGGAACUACAGAGUGCCUAAAGUCCUCGAGGAGGUCAUCAACGGUGCAGCCCAUCAUACCGACCACCACCUGUACUUUGACUACAAUUAUGGGCAGUACUUUACACUCUGGGACAGAAUCGGAGGCUCCUACAAGUGCCCGUCUGCCUAUGAAGGUAACGGACCCCAUGACUAUUUGAGGAAGCUGACAGCUGAGGGAAAGCUGUGUAGUUCUUCCUCCAAUGGCCGGGCAGCCAUCGAAAAUGUCAGCAAAGAGGAAUGAGCUGCCUCAUUGUCUACUUCCCUUGCUUUGCUCCAGUGAAGCAUUAUCAUCUCUGCCAAGAGCAAUACUACGAAUAAUGCAUAAUUCAGGCAUCACUCAGUAUUUUAAUUUGCCCUAUCUUACUACAAAAUAAAAUCUAUUGGAAAUGGGUAGCAGUAACAGACAGUUUGUUGCCUUGUGAAUGAGGGGAAUUCGAAUUUACUAGCUAUUCACAGACUGGAAAUACUUUCUUUUAUAAAUAAUUUAUAGUACAAUACUUGCUUGGGGUAUUGACAUAUUACUGACUUGUUAACUUUGUUAAUGCUGUGCAUGCCAUUAUCUAGGGUCUGGGUGAUUAUUGGUUGUCUUCUCAUUGUAAUUAUGUAUGAUAUUACCAUAAGAAUAGAUUUGGUUGUUGAAAGAUCUCAUUUAUUCUAAUGAUUCUGAGGAAUUUUGAAACAAUGUACUGUACAGCCUUUUGUAAGGUAAAGAAUUGAAGGGCAGUAUCAAAGAUUCCCAUGUACUGGAGAUGCUACUUCAUUUCACAUGCACUAUUGUGAAUCAUUAUUGAAGCUUGAGUUCAUACCUUAAACAAUUCUGUUUAAUGUUUACUGCCUACAUAAUUUUGUGGUAUUUCUUGGAUUAUUCUGUGGAAUGUACAGUAAAAUGCAAUACUGCUUUCA